UAUAUAUAAAAUGAGCUAGUUUAUUAUGCAGUUCUCUCUUCAUUUCAUUUCUUUAUCUCUUCUGCAAAUUGCCCGUAUAAUUCUUUGUAAAGCAUGACAGAUUACUAUAUAAUGACCUCUGGAAAUCGACAAAACAUUGUGUCUGAAAUAUCUGAUACUUCAUCUCCUAUAGAUGAAGUAAGCAUGGAUUUUUCGACUACUUCUUCAGGGUACUACUUCCCUACCCACCCUCCGCCUCUCCAUCUUGCUGGUGGCAGCACAGCUCUCCCAUACCCCUAUUACCCUCAAGCUGGUUAUAUAGCUCACUAUGGUGAUGCUACUCCUGUGAAUGUCUCUUACAGUGGCUCUUCUUCAUCCGAUGAACAACCUUUUAUUUCAAGCCAUGAAGUAUUUACUGCGAGCUCCUCUCCUACAUCUAUAAUGUCAAGCCAAUCUCUGCAAAGUUACCAAGCAAAUCAUUUUCCCGACUCUAGAAGAGAGGGUUCUUAUUUUGAGCUAACAGCACCUAUUGGUCAAUUGAAUAUUAGCACGUUUGGUGGCUACCGAUCGAGUCUUUCUGAUGAUAGCUACGAUCAACAAAGUAACGGCUUUUCGUAUAUGCCUGUAGGCCCUAAUUCCGAACAUAGUGAAGAUGACAGAAAUUUCGCGCCUGUCAUUGGUCAAUCGAACAGCCAUUCUAUCUCUACUUCUAAUUACGGUUUUAAAAAUGCUGAAGACACACCCAUCAAGCAAGAAUCUACUCCUGCUCUGAAAAAGGCGAAUUAUAAGAAGAAGCAGCCACAUCAGAAGAAGAAGAAGCGCUGCUUUAACUGUCAUUCCACAAAUGCACCCUCAUGGCGUCGUAGCAUUUCUGAAAAAUCCAAGGGCAGUCUCUUAUGUAACGCAUGUGGUUUAUAUGAGAAAACACAAGGAACAAAUCGUAAACUUGUAACUCAUCCGGAUGGACUUACUAAAGUUGUUCGUAAGCGAGACGCCCCUAACUAUUGUUGUUCUCAAUGCGGAAAUCGAGAAGCUACAAAAUGGCGAAAAUCAAACGAUUCAUUAUUGAUAUGUGAAAUAUGUUUACGCGGACGUCGCAAGGCAUCCUUAUAAUAGCAAUUAUUAAAAAGAACUCUAUACCAUACAUUAUAAGUAUUUACUAUUGUCUAUAUAUAUACAUAUAUUAAGUAAAUUUUGAUAUGUAUCGUUUUAUAAUAAUAAAAUCAGUACAUACAAC